AUGGAUGAAGCCAUUGAUAUUCUCUGCCGCCUUCUGACUGCUGAGAAGAGGAGAGCCGCGUUUCAGGCCGAUAACCGUGACUUAACAAGCCAAAGUGCGAGUCUUCGUAGAUUGUCACCUCCAAGGGAUUAUGCUCAGGAACUAUGGAAUCUGCUGAACGCUCCAAAGGCCAACCAACCACUUCAUGAUCUCGGUGCCUCUACCGAGGCUCAGAAAUUACCCUGCGCCAAUGUUGAGGUCGAGAAGAAUCGAUGUUGCCCGAAUGAAGGUAUAUUGACAUGCGGAGGGUGCAGACUAGUAUCAUAUUGUUCAAAAGAAUGUCAAAAAACUCAUUGGCACAUUCACAAGCAAGACUGCAAGGACAAUAUUCGCUCCGAUACUUGGCAGCCAGCUUGA